AUGCUCUCUCGGCGCCUCACCGCGGCCCGCCCGCUCCCCCGCGCGGCGCUGCGCUCCGCCGCAGUCCCGCACUUCACCCAGCGUCGCACCGCCCUGACGGCGCACGAGCGCGCCGAGCUGGCCGACCCGCUGCAGAACGGCGGCUACGUCAACCCGCCGCUGGAGAAGCGCAGCAAGCGCGACCCGUACGCGGACUGGUGGGACAAGCAGGACCGCCGCAACUUUGGCGAGCCGUGCCACGAGGACCACGACAUCCUGGGCGCCCUCUCGCUGCACGACUACGACCACUUCACCCCGGCCUGGGGCGGCCUGCUGCUGGGCACUUUUGUCGCCACGGUGCUUACGCUGUGCUUCGCCGUCAGCCACGUCUACCCGGACAAGGUCAGCGCGCCCAAGACGUACCCGGACGGCCUCGACGCGGAGCUGGGUGGCAGCCGCGCGAUGCUGGCCAGGAAGCCGGGCGAGGGAUGGUAG